AUGAUGGAAGGUGUGGUGUGUGUGGACUUUGUUGAGCAGCCAUCCAUGCUCAACACCGCCAUCAUGCGAUCCAAGGACGUCAACGGCGUCCAGACCAUCGCCGACUUCUUUGUCGCAACAGCACGCAGCACAGAGACCAAAGGCGACGCCGGACGCAUGCUGAGCAAGCCAUUCCUCAACAUUCCCAAGCUCGGCUCUGCCUUCACGGCCGACGUGAUCUUGCUCAUCAAGCACUUUCCCUCCAUCGCCUCUGCUUUCCUCGACAACCUUGGUCUCGUGCGGACGCGUGUGGGCGCUCCGGCAGAGAUCCAGUUGCCGUCAUCACGCAUGAUCGUCAUGGGCGCGAACACCCUCAACAUCAACCGCAACCUAUGGGCCGACAUGCGUGAGUCUGGUGAGCUGGCCAAGCUUCAAGACGCCAACGCAGCGCCCACGCUGACAGAGGCGCGCGUGGUGCCGUUGCCGCGUGCUGCUGGGUUUGUGAAUGACGGUUCCAGCCUGCUUGAGACGCUGGUGGACACGGGCGAUGCUGAGCUGUUUGGCAGCUUCAUUGUUCGCGCCGUCAUUCAGUACAAGUGGCAGACGAGCGGGCUGCGCCAGUUCCUGUGCGGCAAGGACGUGGCCCAGCUGCUGGGUGCAGCCGACAACAGCAGCAACAGCAACAACGGCAGCGAUGUCGUGUCAGUGGUGAUCAUGGUGGUGCUGGGCGUGCUGGCUGGCGUGGACAUGCUGCAGGAGGUGCGGCAGUCACGGUUGGUGCACGGCUACUGGCUCGACUUUUGGAACUGGCUGGACGUGACGAAUGUGGUGUUGGUGUUUGUGGUGCUGGGCACGUACUUUGCUGGCAUCGUGGCCGGGUGGACGUCGUUCCGGCUGUUGCUGCGUGAUGAUACCACGCUGCUGGUUGAAGGACUGGGCGACCCAGCCAAUGGGCUGCUGCUCAUGUUCAACCUGCUGUUGCUGGCGGACUUUGACCUGGACACCUUUGACGGCGACUACGUGGUGCUGCUGCGCAUCCUGUUUGUCAUCUCCAUGGUGCUGGUCCCCGUCGUGCUGCUGAACCUGUUGAUUGCGCUCAUGUCAGACUCGUACGAGCGCAUCCAGGACCGCGCAGACAUCGAGUUCCAGCUGCUGCGCGCACGCAUCUUGCGGGAGCAGGACGCGUGGCUGACGCUGGAGGGGAAGAUGGAUGCGCGACGCUUCCCCAUGUGGCUGCACGUGCUCGUGCCCAAGGGCAGCGGCGUCGGCCGUGACGGUGGCAGCGUGCAGUGGCAGGGUGUGCUGCACGCCCUCAAGAAGGAGGUGGCAGACAAGGUGGAGGGUGUAGAAAGGAAGAUGGGGGGUGUGGAAGGGAAAGUGGAGGGUAUGGAGACUGGGUUCAGCAAGAGGCUUGACGCAAAAGUUGGAGGUGUAGACGAACGAGUCAAGUCUCUAGAAGAGAAGGUUGAUCGCACGCUCGAGUUGCUGCAACAGCUGUUGGCUCGCGGCAGGGGUGAUGGUGGUGGCGGUCAAGAAGAGCCGGUGCAGGGAAUGGGGUUUACUUGA